AUGGUGGAACUCAACUACCAAGGGGUAUUUACUCGUAAUCCUUUCUCUUACACUGGUGGUAUGAGAACCACGUUCAAUGAUGUUGAAUUUUCUUCUAUGACUUAUUCUGAGUGUGUGACCUUCUUCGAACGUUUCAUGCAUGAAGAUUGUAAAAAGUUAUACUACUACGAACUAGGCAUUUCCCAGAUGGAAGGGCUUAAUCCCAUCUCAGAUGAUGUGAAAUAUGUUGCUUUUAUUUCUGAUGCUUAUGGAACAGAUGGUGUAAUUUCUUUUUAUGUGGAUCAUAUUGGGGUUGGUGUUGAUGGAUGGUUUGAUGAUGAUGGACGUGAGUCUUGUAUUGAUGGUGAAAAUGAAGAUAACAUAGAUGAACUUAGGAAUGUUGAGUUGGAAUUUAAUGAGGAUAUAAUGCAUAUGAAUAGGACAUUAAAUGAUCUUUUCUUGAGUAAGUUAUGUGUUGAUGAGGAGAUGGAUAACAACAUUAUAGAUGAUGAUGAUGAUGAUGAUGGAGAGCAUUUGAACCUAGUCUCCACACUCAUUCCAUAUUUAAUGAGUUAUUACACUGGAAAAAACAAAAACCAAUUCUAG